AAUAAUAAAAUUAAAAAGUAUGUAAUUCAGGGGAUAUUUUUAUUGCUUGAUCUUAAUUCUAUUGAGUUUGUACUGUGGAUUAUAUAGAUUAAACACUAAAAUAUCACACUGUUUAUUUUUAUUAGCAAGGAUAGUCUAUGAUAGUGCGUGUCAGACAGUCUGUCAGAACUGGUCAGAACAAAAAGGAGAUUAAAAACUUUAUCAUUUUGUCGUUUGUUUAGUUAACUUCACAAGAAAACUCGUAAUCUUUCUUUCAAAUUACUGUAAAUAAUAUAAACGUUAUAAAUAAUCAUGGGUCUAACAAUAUCAAGUGUAUUUACUAGAUUGUUCGGCAAAAAACAAAUGCGUAUUCUUAUGGUUGGUUUAGAUGCUGCCGGAAAAACUACCAUACUUUACAAAUUAAAACUCGGUGAAAUCGUGACUACGAUACCGACAAUCGGUUUCAAUGUGGAAACAGUUGAGUACAAAAAUAUUAGUUUCACCGUGUGGGACGUUGGCGGCCAAGACAAAAUCAGGCCUCUUUGGCGUCAUUAUUACCAGAACACUCAAGGCUUGAUAUUUGUUGUAGAUUCUAGUGACAGAAAAAGAAUAGCAGAAGCCGAAAAUGAGUUGGCUAAUAUGUUAAAAGAAGAUGAGCUUAGAGAUGCAGUUAUUUUAGUUUUUGCUAAUAAACAAGACAUGCCAAACGCGAUGACUGCUGCAGAACUUACGAAUGCCCUAAACCUUGGUAAUCUGAGAAAUCGACGGUGGUACAUCCAAGCAACAUGCGCUACACAAGGACAGGGGCUUUAUGAAGGUCUUGAUUGGCUGUCCAAUGAGCUAGCGAAGAAAUGAAGCUAAGUUCAAGAUCAAUCCCAGGGAAACAAGGAAAAAUACAUUCCCGAUUUACUUCAACUAUAAUGUUGUUCAUGCUAUUCAAACUAAAAGACUUAAGCAAAUUAUAUAUCAUUUUAUAUAUGUAUGUCUUGUUUCAUGUUUUUAUUUGUAAAAUUUUUGAAUUGGAGGAAUCCAUUUAUUUAUUUUCUGUAAUUAAAAUGUAAUAUCUGCACAUUUAUGUUUGUGAUAAUAUGCCCCAAUAUUUUUAGAUCUACUAAAGUCGAUAAUAUUGUGUUAAUUUACCAUGAAAAUGUGUGUCUCUGUGUCUUUGAUCAAUUAUCAAGAAUGAACAUAAAACAUCUUUUAACUACAUGUUUAGUCUAAAAUAACUAAUGUUCAAUGUUAAGAGAAGCUGUCUAUAUAGUGUGGUGGUUGAUAAUAUUAACUUUACUAUCAAUGCAAUUCCAUACUCAUAAAUGGUUCAAGCGUAAAUGUUUAAUUUUUGCUGUGAGCAAUGCCAUUUCCAUAAUAAUAUGAAUAAUAUCGGAGAUAAAUCAAUGUAUUAUUAUUUGUUACAGCAAAGUGUAAUUGAGAAGCAACUUUUUUUGUAAUUUAUAGCUAUUUGUACUGCUGCUGUCAAAUUCCUCAAAUAGGAAUUAGUUUUGUAACACAAAGUUAAAAUUUAUAUACUAUGUUCAUGUAUAUUAUGUACAAAUUUAAUUUUUUUCAGGAAAACAUAUUUAAUGGUUCAAUAGACUGACACUAAGAAGUCUCUUUACUUUUGAAUAUGAUGGAUAUAAUGGUCUUAUAAAUGAUUGGGCUGAUUUGUCAUUUCAAAUAAUUUGAACUUUAGUGUGAAACGAAAACGCAUAUUAUACUGAGUUACAUAAUAUAGUGGCAAAUAAAAUUUAGGUGUAAAUUAAA